UCUCAGUUAUCAUCUACUACUACGGAUAGAUUCUAGUACUCCUACUUGUUAGAAAAGUCAAAACAAGAAACACGCACAUACACGCUUGUAUUGUAUGUAUAUCUCUCGAAAUUACUAUGCUAUUUCUUCCUAUAAUUCUCAAUAAAUAAAACUCUCUUUACUUUUGUAAACCCCUUUAUACAAUAAAUCUCAUCUCUACCUAUCAAGCCAUCUACAUUUCUUGAUCAUUAUCUCAGCUAUUUCAUUUUAAGGAAAAAUGAUUUCGGGAAUACAUAGUAUUAAAAUAGUUAAUAAUGUGGCGGCAUGUGCUGAAAGAGCAACCAGUGAUGCGCUGACGGGUCCAGACUGGGCUAUUAAUAUCGAGCUAUGCGAUCUCAUUAACACGAAUCCAGGGCAAACGAAGGAUGCUUUGAAGAUACUGAAGAAGCGUCUCGGGAGUAAAAAUCCAAAAAUUCAGCUGCUUACUCUCUUUGUACUGGAGACUCUUAGCAAAAAUUGUGGAGAAAAUAUCUUUCAAUAUAUUGUUGAGCGGGAUAUAUUACACGAAAUGGUUAAAAUUGUAAAAAAGAAGCCCGAUUUAAAUGUGCGGGAGAAAAUAUUGAUUUUAAUAGAUACCUGGCAAGAAGCUCUGGGAGGAUCAGGGGCACGGUUUCCCCAAUAUUAUACUGCUUACAAUGAAUUGAAGUCUAUUGGCGUAGAAUUCCCACCCCGUGAGGAGAACAGUGUACCAUUGUUUACACCACCACAGACCCAGCCGUUAAUGCACCCACCACCAAUUGCUCACCCUGCUUCGACAUACGAGGAAGCUGCUAUUCAGGCAUCUCUCCAGUCUGAGGCUCCUGGACUGAGCUUGACUGAGAUUCACACUGCUGAAGGACUAGCAGAUGUGUUGAUGGAAAUGCUUAGUGCGUUGGAUCCUCAAAAUCGCGAGGGUAUCAAAGAAGAAGUGAUUGUUGACUUGGUUGAGCAGUGUCGUUCCUACCAAAAGCGUGUCAUGGUUCUUGUGAACAAUACAUCAGAUGAAGAGCUCCUCAUGAAGGGUUUGACAUUAAAUGAUACACUUCAGCGUGUUCUUAGCCGCCACGAUGACAUUGCAAAAGGAACAGCUGCUCCAAGAGUAGGACAAACACAAACUUCAGUUGUCCCUUUAGUCAAUGUGACUCACGAGGAUGAGGAGCCUGAAGAUGAUUUUUCUCAGCUAGCUCUCAGGUCAUCAAGGGAUACUCUGCAAGGACAAGGACGAAAACCAGCAAAUGGUCAUAUUGAAACGAGUGCAAACCCGUCUAAAAAGCCGGUUAACUCAGAUUAUGGUCAAAUUGAUUAUCUGAGUGGUGAUGUUUACAGCUCUGAAAGGACUUCAGGAGCCUCUGGAUAUACCCCUGUGCCAGUACCAACUCAUGUAAACAACACAAAAUCUUCUGCCCCAUCAAAAGCAAAAGUGUCCUUCUCUCCACCUUCUGACGAUUUUAUAAACCCAACUGCCUCCGAUGAUGAUUUUAUAAACCCUACUGCCUCAAUAUUCUCUGAGAAUCGGUCCACAUAUGGUGAACAAUCUGCAACAACCAAACCUAUUGAGCGGUCGGCUUCAAUUCCUUUGGAAACUCCUGUGUACCUCCCACCCCCUCCUUCUAAGCAUAGUCAGAGAACACAGUUCUUUAAACAACAUAGUGCAGGCGCUCCAUCAGGCGGUGGCUCAGGUUCCUCCUAUGAUAGCUUAGUCGGGAAAACUAAUAAUCUCUCCCUGAAUUCGUCAACCCCGAAGAAGCCAGAUAAUUCUGAAGAUGCACUUUUUAAAGAUCUGGUUGAUUUUGCGAAAGCCAAGUCUUCGUCGUCAUCGAAACCUAGUAGAGCUUUUUAAAAGUAGUUUAAACUGCAUUCUUAGUUUCAUUGGAUAAUUUUAUCAAGAGAUGAUUCCUUUAAUAAACUUUGAUGAUUAUGGACCUGUGGAUCCGACUGCUUGGUUUGUAGUAAGCGAAUGAGUGGACAUAUAAAAGAUUUAUGAGUGUGAAUGUAUAUUUUUCUUGUUUA